GAAAAAUCUAUUCAGGGAGGAGAUAAUGCAUUGGAGAAACAUGUAGCCUUCUUCGACAGGAACGGAGACGGCGUCAUUUAUCCUUGGGAAACCUACCAAGGAUUUAGAGCGCUCGGGGCAGGACGUCUCCAGUCAGCUUUUGCUGGUCUCUUCAUCAACAUGGGACUAAGCCAGAAAACUCGUCCGGGGAAAGGUUUCUCGCUCUUGUUUCCAGUAGAAGUGAAGAAUAGUCGUUUUGGCAUCCAUGGUAGUGACACCGACGCCUACGACAAGGACGGAAGAUUUGUGGAAUCAAAAUUCGAGGAGAUAUUCAAGAAGCAUGCUCACACACAUCAAAAUGCCCUCACUUACAAAGAAAUUCAUCAAUUGCUUAAGACUAACAGAGACCCUAAAGAUUACGGAGGAUGGUUCCACAGGAUUUCAGCAUUUAUAGAAUGGACGGUGUUACAUGAGUUAUACCAAGACAAAAAUGGUUUGUUGACGAAAGAGACAGUAAGGGGCGUUUACGAUGGCAGCAUUUUCAAACAAUUGGAGAAACAAAGAUCUUCUUCUUCGCGUGACAAGAAACAAAACCUACGU